AUGGCUAAAGGAAACAAGUUCCAAAAGAAACCAGAAGCGUCUGCUCAAAGAAAGGGCCCCGGCGUUCAGAAGAACAAAAAUUUUAAUAAGAAAGGUAUACAUUUACUUGAAAUUAAUUUAUCCAAUUUUUAGGUGGAAAGGAUAAUGAGAGCUUUGACAAGACUCAGAAUGGCAAAAAUCAACAACAGCAGAAGAAAGGAGGCGUACAAAAACCAUUUGAAAAUAAGAAAAAGCAGCAAGAAGAAGGUGUGGAGCCUCAACCUCUAGUGAAGGGACGUCAACAAAAACCGCAGAAUGCAAAGAAUCAGACUGCUCAGAAAAAGGUGGAAGUGCCUAAGAAUGUAAAACAAGAAGUUCAUAAGAAUUUGAAAGAAGCGAAAAACCAAAGCCAACCCAAACAGAAGGAACCUCCCAAGCCUACAAAAGUUGCGCCUGGAAAGAAGGAGAAAUUUGAAAUCAAGGCCCAGAAGUUCAACCCGAAGAUGAACGUGGCACAGACUAAGGUAGUUAAAUUGUACAUAUAUUAUUCUUCGUGUUUUCAGUAAGGUGUUAUUGAAAAAAUUUUAGAAGGGAAAGAGGGUAGAGGAAUCUUCGGAUGAGGAACUAAGCGAUGAAGAGUUGGAAUUUGAAGAUGCUGAAGGUGAAGAUGGUUAUGAGUUUGAGGAUUUGGAAGACGAAGAGUUGGAGAUUGAAGAACAGCAAUCCGAUGAAGAGGAAAUUCCAAAAGUAGAAAUAAAAAAUGGAAAGAAAGAAGCCGAAUCCAAAGCUCAGAAGGAGAACAAGAAACCCGAACCUAAAGCCAAGGAGGCCAACGCUAAGGCCCAAAAGAGACCGGCUGCAGAAUCGAAUCAAGCUGUAUCCAAGAAACCCAGAACCGAAGACUCGGCAAUUUUAGCCGAAGAAGAACGAAGAAGAGCCGAGCGAGAUUCCAGAGGAAUUGUUAUUAUUUUGGAUGGUAAACAAAAGACAGCCUCCGAGUCUAUGCUCAGAUCUCUUCAUCCUGAUAUAAUUAAUGUGACCAAGACAGGAAAGGCUGCUUUUCUACAUUUUGUAUCCGAAGUGGCUGCAGAAAAGGCUUUCAAGGCCAUUCAACAACUUAGACUUCUGAAGAAACCUAUUAAGGUUGAUUAUCUUGGAGUUAAAAGCAAGAGAUCUCAUAAAGAGAGAGACCGUGAGUUGCAGUUGUUGUUAAAAAAUGUGUUAUUUUUAGAUAAACAAGGGGUGUUGGAACCAACUAAGAUUUAUAUAACCCACUUGCCCACAGACAUAAGCAAAGAGAAGAUUCAAGUGAUUUUUCCAAAAGCAACAGGCAUUUUUACCAACUUUAAGAAGUAAGAUACUUCUUAUAAUCUAUGUUUCCUGUAUUUAGACGAGCUGUAUUCGUUGAUUUCGAGAAUGAAGCUGACGCCAAGGAGGCCUUUGAUAAAGGGAAGAAUCUCAAAAUUGGAGGAGCAUUUGUUCUGGUUACUUAUAAGAGAACUAGUAAGUUCAUCGUCUUUAUAUUCUUACUUCGAUUUUAGUUGUAAGGGAUGAAGAAGCCGUUGUGGAGCCGAAGAAAAUUGAGAAGCAGCAGACAAAGAGUGAGAAGAAAGCCGAACUAACGGAAAUUCAGAGGAAAAAGGAAGAAGAGAACAUAAAGAAAAAGUCUCCCGUGGUCGAAGAAGUCGAUACCGAGUCUGAUUUGGAUGAUGAAGAAGCAGAAGACGAGGAAAUGGACUUUGAAGACCUUGAGUUUGCUGAGGAGGAAGAUGAGGACGAAGAUGAUGAGGAGUAA